AGGACCUGCCCAGCCAGUUUGCAAAGGCUGGUCAACGUCCCUUGUCAAUUGCUGCUGCGGCUGCAGCUUUAAGAGAAGGGAGGGGAGCCCGGGCUAGCCUUAGAAAAACCAGGAAGGGAGUUUACACGGCGUCAUACGGGGCUUUGCAUCUACUGUUACAGUAGGGGCAGGAACAGCAGAGAGAGCGAGAGGAGAGAGAGAAGAGGGAGGGAGGGAGGAAGGAAGGACUUGGAAGAGCUGCUCAGGAAUUGACUCCAAACUCCAGGCGGGCCCCCCUCCUCUUCCUCCUCCUGGCCCCACACCCUCAGGACCAACAAGCCCUCUGGUGUCGGCAUGGAGGGCGGUGUGGACGGCCCCAUCGGGAUCCCCUUUCCCGACCACAGCAGCGACAUCUUGAGCAGUCUGAACGAGCAGAGGAACAACGGCCUGCUCUGCGAUGUGGUGAUUCUGGUGGACGGGCAGGAGUUUCCCACCCACCGCUCCGUCUUGGCCGCCUGCAGCCAGUACUUCAAGAAGCUCUUCACCUCAGGGCUAGUGGUCGACCAGCAGAACGUGUACGAGAUAGACUUUGUGAGUGCCGACGCCCUGUCGGCGCUGCUGGAGUUCGCCUACACCGCCACCCUUACCGUCAGCACUUCGAACGUCAGCGAGAUCCUCAAUGCCGCCAAGCUGCUAGAGAUCCAGGCGGUAAGGGAGGUUUGCACAGAUCUCCUGGACAGGAAGAUUCUGGCCAAAAAUGACCAGAUGGAUACAGUAGAUCAAAUUGAUCAAAGGAACCAUCUCAGAGCGAAAGAGUACCUGGAAUUCUUCCAGAGCAACCCCAUCAACGGCCAACACGGCAGCUUUCCAUGGACCAACCAAGACUUGAGAGACCUUCAGAGACUCAACUUCCGUGGCCUAAAGGAGGAAGAGGAGCCGGAUUGCAACGGCAUGGACUUCUACUCGCAGGCUGCCCUUAAUGAAAGACCAAAGGCGAAUGACUGUGACCCUGACAGCAACCAUGCCAGGUGGUUGGACCAGGAGGAGGAAGAGGCCAAGGGAUCCUUGUUCUCACCCUCCCAGAAUGGACAAUUUGGUGGGCGCAACCUGCCGACAGCAGGGGAGGAUGAGACAUCGGCCGCAGGUCAGCUGGACCAUGAGGUCGGGGACUCCCCUGCCUUUGCUCCUGGGGGAGGGGAGGGGGAGGAUGCAGAUGCCCGGGACGUGGACGGCCUAGCUGCCAGCACCCUCCUGCAACAGAUGAUGGUAAUUUCCAAGGUGGAAGAGUGACAGCAGCUGAAGGCCCGGCGAGGACGCCAAGGAUGGCAGCGAGGUCGGCCAGGUUUAUGGAUUGUGCCGAAAUAUUUUAGCACUUCCCAAGAGGGUGAGGUCUAUCCGUCCUGGUCCCAGAAGGAGAAGAAGAUCCGAGCAAAAGCAUUCCAGAAGUGCCCCAUUUGCGAGAAGGUGAUCCAAGGGGCUGGCAAACUCCCCCGCCACAUCCGAACCCACACAGGCGAGAAGCCCUAUGAAUGUAACAUUUGCAAAGUUCGGUUUACAAGGCAGGACAAGCUGAAGGUCCACAUGAGAAAACAUACCGGUGAGAAGCCCUACUUGUGUCAGCAGUGUGGGGCCGCUUUUGCCCACAACUACGACCUGAAGAACCACAUGCGCGUCCAUACGGGCCUGCGCCCCUACCAGUGCGACAGCUGUUUCAAGACUUUUGUCCGAUCUGACCACUUGCACCGGCACCUUAAAAAAGAUGGUUGCAACGGCAUCCCUUCCAGAAGGGGGCGCAAGCCCCGGGUGAGAGAUGUGGGCGGCAUGCCCAUCCCGGCCACCAACCCUGACGACGGAAGCUUUGCGGGGGCCGACGAGGCACAAGAAUCGCAGGACGCCAGCCCGCCGCAGGACGGCCCGGGACAGCACCUUGACGAUAGCUCGAACGCCGAAGCGGCGUCAGAAAGUUUGAAUGUAGUAGGGGGUUCGUCUGAGGGUAACACGCAAAAACUCUCCUAAACCAAAAAAGAAAAAAAAAGAAAAGAAAAACCAACCCGUGUCACAAAAUCUAGUUAUACCUUUCCUCCGAUGCUCCUUGAAAGUUAUGGUUUCCUUGCCCUUUUUGUGGAAAGAAAAAAUAGCCUUAUAGAUUGAUGAUAUAUCGCUGUUUUGUGAUCUUCCCAUAAUAACCAGUUAUUCUAACUUCUUAUAGCCACGGAUUAAUUUUAAGCUUUUUUUUUUCACCCUUUGAAAAGAGAUUAUUGAGGGGGGGGGGAGGGUGAAGAUGUCUUUAAAGUAUGAAAUGAAGCUUCCAGAGUUUAGUUUGUUAAAGUAACACACACGCAUAUAGAUAUAAUAUAUUGGAGAUUUUUUAUCUAUUUUAGCUAGUAGAAUGUUCUUGAGGACAGAAAAGCAGGGAGGACAAUUGUGCCAGAAGUCCUUGGAAAUAUUUUUUUCCCCUCUUGGCAAAUGCAGUGUCCCUCCCACCCACCCUCUGCCCCCUUCCCUAUCUCCACCCACCAGAACUCAAAGUGCUCAUUUUCUGAGAAUAUCUUUGGAAAACCUAAGGGUAGCCACCCUUGAUCAGAUAUGGUAGAGAGAUUGGGAAGGUUUUGAUUUCUUUGUGUUUCCAAGUUGUCCUCAGUCAGCUGUUUGCAUGCAAAUUGCUCUUCCCGUUGUUUAGGCGUUAAAAUUCAUAGAAGAGGGAGGGGUACCUCCCUCGAUUUCAAAAUUAGCUGAAGUGUAGCCUUUACAUUAUAGCUGAGCCUAGAUGAUUUGGCCAGGGGGCUCCACAUGAAUUGUAUGUUGUUCUUUGUUACAGAGUUCUGUUACGGACUUCAACAAUUUUUUCCUACUGUUAUCGGUACAUGUUAAGGAUAAGCCUGGCAGGGCUCGGUGAGAGCCGGAAACUCAGAGGCUCUUGCCGAACGUUAAUUGUGGAGGGGGUACCUAGGUAUCACGGGGUUUUUUGCCAGCUUCCUGUGCCUCUUGGCUACCCUCCAGCAGCGACACGGAAAAAUUCACCCAGGAUUUGACCCACAUGGUUGCACUGCUCUGAGUGCUGUGCCCGUUUCGUCUAUUUCAAAGGAUGCUCGGGCACCCCUGUUGGAAGAUACACUUUUUCACUGAGAUACAAGCGAUGACAGGUGACCGUUUGGGUACAAGCCUAGAGUGCGAUUGAUGGGAUGUAGUGCCAACCUGUUUUUGGCAGCUUUCCAGCCUCCCAAUCAUUUCCUUAGCUCUUCUGCUUUUAUUGCAUUUUAAUUUCAUUUAGCUACCUGUCACCCAAAAGACUGUGGGAACCCUAGUUCUGUGGGGAAACUCUGGAGACAUCAUCCUAAACUUUGCUUCCAGAAUUCCUCGGGGGGGACUAACUUAAAACUGGCUAACAUUUGUAGGACUGGAUGCACCCUAUUUAGGUUUAGCUUACUUGGAAACAACCCCUUGAAAUCAGUGUAGCUUACGUCCAGGUAAACUUGGAUAGAAUUGUGCUGUUCCGGGCCUGAUCCCGGCGGAUGCAUAGUCUAAAACAGCUUAAUUUGGAGAAAGCUGGAGGUCGGGAUUUCAUCCCGAUUCCUGUCCUAACAGGCUAUUUUGAAGACUGUUGGACUGACUCGUCGUUUCAUAUCCUUCUGCAAUCAUUCAUUGUUGGUCUGAUUGGGGCUCUGUACGUUCAAACAGCAUUGAAAAAGUUGCUGUAUGGCAGUGAGGCUUAGACAUAACACUUCAUCCUUGGAAUACCAUUUGCCCAUGCGUGGUGGGCAGCUAGAAGCCACCACUCCAAUCCCCUGCCCUUGACUAGUUGAGGAGCCGGAAGGAAAAAAAAUAGCCACCAUAGUAACACUCUGGGAAUUUUAUUGUGUCUCUGUGGUCUUUACUGUAAAUAUUAGGAAAAAAUCCUAGCGCAUUACCUGGAAGUGACAUCACAUCCUCCCCAAAUUCCACAGGACAUUACACCCUCCCCAGGCACAGCCGUCAAACUCUCUAGGCAUUUGCUAAAGCGAUGCUGAUACCUCUAAUUCACCCCCGACAUCAUAACUACUGUCCCGUUCCAUGGCUAGGCCUUACUGUAUGAUAUUAACAGGAAAGUGGUCCCAGAAAGAUGUGCUGUUGAAAUGUUCUCUACAAACUCACAAAGAAGUUCCAAUUUCGAUGUGUGUUGAAAGACUUUUUUUAAAGACUUAAAAGACUUUUUCAGCUUCUCCAGAGUUGGGGGAGAGGGAUUAGAGAGACACUCCAGAAACCGGACAAGGAGUUUCAGUCUCACCAUUUCCAGCCUUCCGCUUGCAUUGCUUCACGACUCCUAACUCACAUCUUGUCUCAAACUGUCCAGGUAUAUCAACCUUUUCCAGUUACGUGAGAUUUCUGGGCUGCCUCUUUCAGCCAACAGUGCUGGCGUCUGUCAGGUUAAGCCUGAAAAGUUUAAACUUAAUGGCAAGAAAAUGAAUAUUUGGGGAUGAAUGAAUUGGGAGGAGCCAGACCCUUCGGAUGAGCACUCUGGGCUGAGGAGACUUGUAUUUCACUGAAUGGGUCCCCGUGUGAUAAUAUGGCCUAUUAUCUGGGGUGGGGCAAGUAUGGGCUUGCCCAAGAAAACUGCACUGGAGAUGCCAACUGGGAGGUGAUUUGGUGGUGGGGUGAAGGAAAGGGGGUCUUUGAUCUCCAGUGGCUCUCUGAAUACACAACCUUUUGGUGAAGUACAACAAUUCUCUAAAGUUUCCCUCUUCCCUUUCUUCCCUUCCCCCGUUGCCCUUUCUUGGUACCAAAUAUGUGAGGUUUGGCCCUCAUAUCAAAGAUGCCGGACUGUUAGCACAAAUCAAGCUCAUCCCUAAUGGGUUCCUUAAAGCUAAAGGCAAGCCCCAGGGAUCUCAACGACACCCCCCCUUCCUUGGUUUGUGAGAUUUUACACAACCUGAGUUGCACUAAGGCAUGUCGAUUUGGACCGUGGCGAGGUGCGUGGUCCAAAGCCGGCUUCGACAGUUUGCUUCCCUCCCCUACCUAGAGGGGACAGGAUUUAAGUAACACAACGGCUACAUCGGGUUUAUAAACGGCACAGAUCCCUCUUAAGCUAAAGAACCAAGGCACCUUUUAGCCAUUUCAGAGUUUUAUAAAUGCACAGUUUAAAAAAAAUGAUUUAAAAGUCAGAAAGAGAUUUUAGUCCUUUUUAUUUAAAAAAAAAGCACUUUUAAGAUUUUUUUAAAAUUUUAAUAUUAAAAGGUGAACCGUUUGGCCGAAUGUAACUGAACAGGGAGUAUCCGUGUGUGCUUUGAGGAAAAUGUGAGUGGGGUAUGAGGGGAGAAAGAGUCAGGGUUGGGUGGGAUGUUUAUUUAAUAUAGAAAAAGCAAUAAAAAAACACAAAAAAAGAUUAGAAACAAAGAAGUCUUAGCACUUUGCAAUGGAACGGGUACUUUGAAAUCACUUUAUCUUAAUUUAAAAAAAUAUAUAAAAAAGAAAGCAGCAAAAUAUGUUUACACGUUGAAACCAUCUUCUACGGAAAGAAAUUUAUUGUUGUUUAUUGUUUUUAUUAAAAUAAUUCCUAAAAUUGAAUUUAUUUUUGUAAGAGAAAAAAAAAUGUAUAUAUAUAUCUAUAUAUUGAGAGCGAGAACGAGAGAGACUUAAAAUGGAAUCCACCGUUUUUUGGUUUAGCCGAUUUGUUUGGAUACAGACCUGGGAGGACUGCCGUUAAUUAGAUUCUGUGACACAGCAACAAUUUUAAACAACCCUCGGAAGUGAUUUGCACUUCAAAAAACAUAAAUAUAAAAAAAAUGGAAGCUUGAAUUUUUAGGCAGGAAUCAUGGGUUAUUUUGUGUAUGGUUUUUUUUUCUCCUUUUAAAAAAAAAUGUCUUAUAGCCAGUGCUGGCCUGUAUGUUUCCUAAUUUCGACUUCCCAUUAUUAAUCCACAAUCUCAGUCCCGGGACCUUCUUGACGUAGGGCGAAAUGUAAGAACUUGGCAUCUUGUCGUUCCCCACCCAAGACAGAUUUUCUACCACUUUGUGGCACUGGGUAUUUGUCGGGACUGGCAAAUACUGACUGAAACUGCCUUCCAGAAAAUUCUCAGCCCGUGACUGCCGCCCUUCUCACCUUUAUGUUCCCAGGAGCCUAAAGAAUACCAGCAAAGAAGAAUGUUACUGAGUCCCUCUUGAGUUACUCAAAGUUGAAAGUAUCGAGGAGGAGCUCGGAUCUAAUUUCAAUUGAGGCAAACUAUCUCAAAACACAGGCCAGGUUGAGAUCACGUUUACGGCAUAAACAGAGAGAGACAACUUUACAUUUCUUUCUCGUUUAGCCCCUGUGGGCUCAUGGGCCAAAUUGUCAGCCUCAAAGUCCCAAAUUUAGUUUUGAGGCUGGGAUCUUUGGUGGACUGAAAACUAGAGAUGGUUAAGUGGACAUUUCGCCAAGUAACAAAGUAUAGAGAGAAUUCACACCAAAAAAAGACCCCAGUCAAUGGAGAACGGACUCCAUGUGAUUGGUUGAUACCUAUGUUCUGACACAUUCUGUUGAAUGAGAGAAAUCAAACAAAUGGUGUUUGAGAGCCGGAAACAAAUAAAUUUUCCUGCAUUGCAGGAAAGACUUUGGGUUAAGAACGUGGGGACAUUUGUCAACCAUGUUUCCGGUUUUGCUUUGGAAUCAUUGGGCAAGACUUGCCAGCAAUGAUGGCUCUAGUAUCUGCAAGGUCAGGUAGAAAAUCCAUUUUGGGUCGAUAACAGUGAGGUUUCUGGAACAGCCAAGUGGGGUUGUGAACCCGUCCGUAACGGGGCUCACUGAUCUUGCGAUGCCUGAACUGCCCCAAAUCUUAAGGGCACACAACUAACAACCCUGCAUGUCUUUACCCCAUCCAACGUUGUUGGGUUUUUUUUUCAGUUCAGUGAUUUGGUUGACAAAAACGUCUAACUUCCUUUGCUGGUUUGCUAACCCUCUCGACCAAUCUAGCUCAUACAAGGAAUCUAAAGAAGGUCCCGGGUACUUAGACUGAUGUGCCCAUCCGGUCCUUUCCCCCAAACCUCACCUUCCACGGAGACCCUUGGCUUAGCACUGACUAAAGUAUCUCAUAUGCAAAAUUAGUGUGGACUUUGUAAAUAGAUAGCUACAUGAAGUUCUGUAUUGUAAUCAGAAGUUGUGGUAUCUCUUCCAGUUUGUUUUUUCGCCUCUGUCUCCAUGGCUGUUUCACAUUUUGUGUUUUCCCCUCCCUGUUUCCUUUCAAAGCUACCUAGAAUCCAUUAAGAAACAAAAUGUUCCCUCUCCCACCCAGUAUGGGCAGUCCAAGAGAUUUUUCCCCAAGACAGAUUGGGAUAUUACCCUUGCCACUGGGAACCUUCAACAUGGUUUUUUGUACCCUUUCUGAAAUGGAUUGGUGCGAUGGCCAGGAAACGGUAGAAAGUGGGGGCGGGAGCAGCAGCGUACUUUUUUGAUUGGCAGUCUACAUCCCGGAGAAGAAGUCAGUUCUUGGCUUCCCAGUCAAAGGCAGGAGGGGCCCCUGUUCAUUCCAAAUCUGGGCAAGACUUCCUGUUUGCAAACAAACCGUUUUU